CGUGAUUGCCAGUCCGUGGGAAUUACUGUGGGUCGGAUUGUUACCGAGGGGCAGUUCUACAAUUCAGGGCCUUUUCUACAAGAAGCCAAGUUAGACAGGACUGGCUUCACCGUAUUCGUAACAUCGGGAAUUUUUUAGGUGUAGACUUCCUUUCCAUACCUGUGAUACGCUUUUGAAUUGUUCCUUAAUGUGAUCUACCGUUCGCUUUUUCAAGACCGCAAAUUUUCCAAGGAAUGAUUGCUCACCUUAUGCUCUUGUAACGUGAACAGGAGCUUGGUCUGGCAAAACACAGCUUUUCGAUUUCGAUACUGCUGGCUACAUCCAGAAUUUCCAGGGCCUAUCAUUGGAUUGUGCACGUCAGCAGAUUCAACAAUGACUGAAUAUAAGCUGGUUGUUGUUGGAGCUGGAGGUGUGGGGAAGAGUGCACUCACAAUUCAGCUCAUUCAAAACCACUUUGUGGAUGAGUAUGAUCCAACAAUUGAGGACUCUUACCGAAAGCAAGUGGUUAUUGAUGGAGAGACGUGCCUGCUGGAUAUACUUGACACUGCUGGACAAGAGGAAUACAGUGCCAUGCGAGACCAGUACAUGCGGACUGGAGAGGGCUUCCUGCUGGUGUUUGCCGUCAACAACGCCAAGUCCUUCGAGGACAUCAGCAGCUAUCGAGAGCAAAUCAAGCGGGUCAAAGAUGCCGACAUUGUCCCUAUGAUCUUGGUCGGCAACAAGUGUGACCUGACGACGCGUGCUGUCGACAUGACCGAGGCCAAGGACGUGGCCAAGAACUACGGCAUCCCCUUCGUCGAGACGUCGGCCAAGACGCGUAUGGGUGUGGACGACGCCUUCUACACGCUCGUGAGGGAGAUCAAGCGUGACAAGGAACGCCGCGGCCGGGAGAAGGGCAAGGACGGCCACGCUGGCGAGAAGAAGUGGUGCUGCCCGCUCUAGGGCCGCCGCCAGAGCCGCGCCGCCCGCGCGAGGCGACGCCGUCACCGGCACCGGUGGUCGAGCGGAGAGUCGGAGGGCGUCACGCAUCGGGCGCCGGCGCUGGGACGCCGCCCGGCUGCGGGCCCAGGCGGUGGACUGCUCGCUGUCGCUGGACGGGUGUCGUGCGCGAUGAUGCUGGUGAUUUCAUGUGAUCUUCUGCCGAUGCCGGGCGUUGGCCGGCCUGGCCGCGCUUGGUCUGUGGUCUGCGGGCCUCAAUUACGUGCGAGCGUGUGACGGUAGCUGCUAGUUUUGCGUUUAGUUUAGCAGCUGUGGAGUGGCAUGGUGCUUGUGGCUCUCCAGGGGCCCAGCGGUGCGUUCAAUCAUCGGGCAAUAUGCGGGGCUGGCUGACCUCUCUGCGAGUCCAGCCAGCCUGGCUGUCGGCGUUGCGUUGCUGAGAUCUUGCUGGUCUGUGUGGCACCUGGUGGGGCCCGCGUCUGUGCGACCGUCGGUUUUCUGUCCGGGCGGCGCGCGUCCCGUGGUACUAAACCGGCGCCCCGUCGAUGGACUGGAUUCGCUAGUCGUUGCCACUGCACAACGAUGUUUUCGGCUGCGCUUGGGGUCCGCCGUUGCCCCGUCUCGUGAGGUCGUUGCCGGACAGCUCCGUCCACCGCGCCACUCGCGCCCCGUCUCGGCGCGGGGCUCCCUGCGCUCGCCUCGGGCGGAUCUCCGUCCCGCACCUGGUGCUAACGUCCGAGGUCGAAUACAUGCCUGUCGAAGG